AUGGCAUGGAGAUAUGGAGCCGGACCAGGAUGCACAGAAAACAAAAUAGGGCAAUAUGUUAGCGGACAAUUUAUUGGAGACAAAGAUUGGAAAUGUGUCAGUGGUUGCAAUGCAACAGGUAAACCACCUGUGGGUCCAGUGUACUAUACUUGUACAGCUGCCGUUAAAAGGGAAGACUGGGAACAAGGAGAGGAGAGUUUUCAAUAUACAUUUAACCACAAAGGACCUUUCGUAGUUAGUUAUACUGGAGCCAUGUGGAUGGAUCUUGCUAUACCAUUUAACGAGACGGAUAAUUCUGAUGGUGGUUGGAAUCUUCAAACGAUAGUUAAUUUAGGGAAGCGAAGUGAUACUGGUCUUCCUAAUGCAAGUCCAGUCACAGCUAGUAAACCAACGUAUGAGCUGCAGUUUCAAUGCAAACACGAGAUACAGAUACCAAUGGUGGAUCCUGACGGAGAUAAAGUAAGAUGUCGAUGGGCUGUCAAUGAGGAAUGCCAUAGUAUCUGCCAUACUGUUCCUGUGGCGACACUUGACGAGGAAACUUGUACAUUAUCAUUUAACGCAGACAAUUCCAACUUCAAGGAUGAUGGUUGGUAUGCCGUUGCAUUGACUAUAGAGGACUUUCCGAAGACCACAAUGAUACUAGGAAAUACCUCUUAUAAUACCAGUACUCCAAUAACAGCAGUGCCUCUUCAGUUUUUGAUUCAUAUCAAAUCGAAGCCACUAGCUAUAGACUGUAACUGGAAACCAAUAUUUGUCCCUCCGACACCUGCCAAGGGUAGUCAUAUUACUGUUCCUGCUCAUGCCAGUGUUAAUACCAAGAUGUAUGCGUCAAACGUCAGGAAUCCGAAAUCACAAAUGAUAGACAUAUCAUUAACCAGUCCUCCUGGAAUGACAUACACUGGACCUUUCAAUGACACCAAACACCCUGGUGUUGUAUACUGGGAUCUCAAAUGGACACCAACCGCUGGCCAGAAAGGUGAUAAUAUUCUUUGUGGAAUGGCUGAGGAUGAUCAAGGGAAGCUAAGUGACACAUACUGUUUUACUUAUAUCGCAUGGGAAAUAGAUGAAUGUGCCUCUAACCCCUGUCAGCAUGGUGGUACAUGCAAAGAUCUGUUCAAUGCCUUUCAGUGUUUAUGUAAUCCAGGUUACAAUGGAACAAGUUGUGAGAUUGAUACAAAUGAAUGUGUAAGUAAUCCAUGUAAGUUUGGACAAUGCACUGAUCAAGUAAAUGGAUAUAUGUGUACAUGUCUACCUGGUUACAGUGGAGUUAAUUGGGAUACAGAGACGAAAGAAUGUUCUAGUAACCCAUGCCAGAAUGGAGGUUCUUGCACUGAUCUGAUUAAUGCUUAUAAAUGCGCAUGUCAAAGAGGAUAUAGUGGAGACAAUUGUCAAAAAAUUUCAUUAUCUUUUGAUCUGUCCUUUUAUGUUGAAUAUACUCUAGAGAAUGAUGAAUGUUCUAGUAAUCCAUGCCUGAAUGGAGGUUCUUGUACCGAUCAGAUGAAUGCUUAUAAAUGCUCAUGUCAAAAAGGAUAUAGUGGAGAUAAUUGUCAAAUGAAUGUCAGCGAUAUUUCUCCCAAAAAAGAAUCCACUCGCCAGGACUGUCUUUCAUCAAAUAAAGUUUGGCCUUUGUUGAUUGUAUUGUUGUUCAUAGUGUGUUGUUUGGCAACAGUAUGCAUACUGCUAUCGCUUUAUGUUCGAAAGAUCAAAAGAAUGGGAAAAAAAUCAAAACUAGAUGCAUCAUCAUCAGACACUGUUGUUGAAUUUAAAUUCAAAAUGGCAUGGAGAUAUGGUGCCGGACCAGGGUGCACAGAAACCAAAAUAGGACAAUAUGUUAGCGGAAGUUUUAUUGGCGACAAGGAUUGGAAAUGUGUCAGUGGUUGCAGUGCAACAGGUAAACCACCUGUGGGACCAGUGUACUAUACAUGUACAGCAGCCGUUAAAAAGGAAGACUGGGAACAAGGAGAGAAGAGUUUUCAAUAUACGUUUACGCAAAAAGGGCCUUUUGUUAUUAGUUAUACUGGAGCCAUGUGGAUGAAUCUUGCUCUACCAUUUAGUCAGACGGGUAAUUCUGAUGGAGGAUGGAAUCUUCAAACGAUAGUUAAUCUAGGGAAGCGAAGUGAUACUGGUCUUCCUAAUGCAAGUCCAGUGACAGCUAGUAAACCAUUAUACGAGCUGCAGUUUCAAUGCAAACAUGAGAUACAGAUACCAAUGGUUGAUCCUGACGGAGAUAAAGUAAGAUGUCGCUGGGCUGUCAAAGAAGAAUGUCAUAGUAUCUGUAAUGCUGUUCCAGUGGCCACACUUGACGAGGACACAUGUACAUUAGCAUUUAAUGCUGACAAUACUAACUUCCAGGACGGUGGUUGGUAUGCUGCUGCAUUGACUAUAGAGGACUUUCCAAAGGCCCCAAUGCUCAUUGGAAAUACCUCUUAUAAUACAAGUACUGCAAUAACAGCAGUGCCUCUUCAGUUUAUAAUUCAUGUCAAAUCCAAGCCACUAGAUUGUAACUGGAAACCGAUAUUUGUGUCUCCUACACCUACCCAGGGAAGUCAUAUUACUAUUCCUGCCCAUGCCAGUGUUAAUACCAAGAUGUAUGCUUCAAACGCAAGGAAUCCGAAAUCACAAGUGAUAGGCAUAUCAUUGACAAGUCCUCCUGGAAUGACAUACACAGGACCAUUCAAUGACACCAAACACCCUGGUGUAGUUUACUGGGAUCUUAAAUGGACGCCCACAGCUGCACAGAAAGGUGAUAAUAUUCUUUGUGGUAUGGCCGAGGAUGACCAAGGGCAGUUAAGUGACACAUACUGUUUUACUUAUAUUGCAUGGGAUCACGACCCAUGCGCAAGUACACCGUGUUAUCACAACGGUUCAUGUAUAAGAAGAGGAUCUACACAAAAUUAUGACUGCAUCUGUCCUGGAUAUACAGGGAAAUUAUGCGACUCAGAAAUAGAUGAAUGUGCGUCCAAUCCAUGUCAGCACGGGGGUACAUGCACAGAUCUGUUUAAUGCCUUUCAGUGUUCGUGUAAUCCAGGUUACAAUGGAACAAGUUGUGAGAUUGAUAUCGAUGAAUGUAGCAGCAAUCCAUGUCAGAAUAAAGGAACGUGUAAAGAUGGCGUGAAUAGUUAUACCUGUGAUUGUCAACCUGGUUAUUCCGGAAUCAACUGUCAGUCAGAAAUCAAUGAAUGCUUAAGUAACCCAUGUCUUAAUGGUGCCACAUGUACAGACAAAGUCAAUAGCUAUUCAUGUGUAUGUGCAUCAGGAUUCUCAGGAGUGACUUGUCAAAUAGAUAUAAACGAGUGCGUUAGUAAUCCAUGUAAAUUUGGACAAUGUCAUGACCAAGUUAAUGGAUACAUGUGUACAUGUCUACCUGGGUACAGUGGCGUUAAUUGUGAUGCAGAGACUGAUGAAUGUUCUAGUAACCCAUGCCAGAAUGGAGGUUCUUGUACCGAUCAGAUGAAUGCUUAUAAAUGCGCAUGUCAGAAAGGAUAUAGUGGAGACAAUUGUCAAAUAAAUUUCAGCAAUAUUUCGCCACGUAAAGAAUCUGUAAGCCGGGAUUGUCUUUCGUCAAAAGAAGUUUGGCCUAUGUUGUUUGUUUUGUUGUUCAUAGUGUGUUGUUUGACAACAGUAUGCAUACUGCUUGCACUGUAUGUUCGAAAGAUCAAAAGAAUGGUUAAAAACUCUAAACUAGAUGAUGCAGCAUUUUCAGAUCCUGUUCACAUGAUAUCACCUCCAUUGAUAGAUAUUAAUGAAUGCAACAGUGGACCUUGCCAAAACGGAGGGAAAUGUCUCGACCAGGUAGACGGGUUUACUUGUGUAUGUACGACAGGUUAUACUGGAACAAAAUGUGAAACAGAUAUUGACGAAUGCAGUAGUUCACCUUGUAAGAAUGGUGCUAAAUGCAGUGACAAUGUAAAUAGUUAUACAUGUAAUUGUUUGCUGGGAUAUACAGGUGUACAUUGUGAAACAGAUAUUGACGAGUGCGGUAGUAAUCCAUGUCAACAUGGAGGAACGUGUAGUGAUCAUGUAAACAAAUAUACAUGUCAGUGUCCGCUUGGGUAUAGGGGACAAAGCUGUGGUCAAGAUAUAAACGAAUGUGCUAGUAAUCCUUGCAAGCAUGAUGGAACGUGUCACGAUAAAGUAAACAAAUACACAUGUGACUGUAAAUCUGGUUAUACUGGAGCUAAUUGUGAGACAGAUGUUGAUGAGUGUGCCAGCGCACCAUGCCAGAAUAAUGGAUCAUGUGUUGAUAAUGUAAACAAAUAUACCUGCCAAUGCUUACCUGGAUUUCUAGGAAGUCAUUGUGAACAUGAUACCGACGAAUGUGCUAGUCAGCCAUGCUCUAACGGUGGUACUUGUCAAGAUAGAGUAAAUGGAUAUGUUUGUAGUUGUAUGCCAGGAUAUACUGGGACAACAUGUGUUAUAAACAUUGAUGACUGCACACCAAAUCCAUGCAAACACAACGGCAUUUGUCAAGAUAAAGUAAAUGGAUUCAAAUGUAUUUGUCCUGCCGGGUAUUCUGGAGCUAGAUGUGACAAUGACGUUGACGAAUGUACCAGCAAUCCAUGUCAAAACGGAGGGACAUGUGCUGAUAAAAUCAAUGAUUUUAGUUGUUCCUGUGUCCCAGGUUAUACUGGAAAGAAAUGCCAGACAGACAUUAACGACUGUUUUAGGCGGCCAUGUGAACACGGAGCGACAUGUAUUGAUUUAGUAAAUGAUUAUUCUUGUAUUUGCCCUUCUGGUUAUACAGGACGAAAUUGUCAGACAGAUAUCGAUGAGUGUUCUCCUAACCCAUGUUCAAACGGUGGACAAUGUUUUGACAAAGUUGAUAAUUACACAUGUGUUUGUAAAACUGGAUUCACUGGGAAUGACUGUCAAAUAGAUAUUGAUGAUUGUCAACCGAACCCAUGUCAGAAUGGAGCCACGUGUACAGAUAAAGUAAAUAGUUACAGUUGUGCCUGUUUACCAGGGUAUACAGAUCAUGAUUGUGCAACAGAUGUAAAUGAAUGUUUGUCUCUCCCGUGUAAAAAUGGUGGAAGUUGUUCAAAUUUAAUUGAUAAUUACACAUGUUCUUGUAUGUCUGGUUAUAACGGAUAUAAUUGUGAACUAAAUAUUGACGAGUGUUCAUCUAACCCUUGCCAACAUGGUGGUUCAUGUAAUGAUCUAAUCAACAAAUAUCAAUGUACCUGUUUGCCUGGAUUUACCGGAAACAACUGUCAAAUAGACAUAAAUGAAUGUUCAAGUACACCAUGUCAACAUGGCGGCACAUGUUCUGAUGAGAUAAAUGGAUACUCUUGCUCAUGUUCGCCUGGCUAUACUGGAACCGAAUGUCAAAUAGAUAUAAACGAAUGUAGCAGUUAUCCAUGUCAAAAUGGUGCAACGUGCAAUGAUGAGGUCAACGGAUAUUCUUGCUCAUGUGUCGCAGGAUAUACAGACGUUCACUGUAUAACAGAUAUUUAUGAAUGUGGAAGCACUCCUUGUCAGCAUGGUGGCAACUGUACAGACAACAUUAACUACUAUACAUGUCAGUGUCCUGCAGGAUAUUCUGGGGAUAAUUGUCAAAUAGAUAUAAACGAGUGUAGUAGUUCUCCUUGCAAACAUGACGGUAGUUGUGCAGAUCAUAUAGACAGUUAUUCGUGUACCUGCAAGCCUGGAUAUACUGGAACCAACUGCGAAACAGAUAUCGACGAAUGUUCUACUACACCUUGUAGAAAUAAUGGUACAUGUACAGACCUUAUCAAUAAGUACACUUGUCAAUGUCAACCUGGAUUCAAUGGUAUCACUUGCCAAAUAGAUGUAGAUGAGUGUGCUAGUCAGCCAUGUUCAAAUAAUGGUACAUGCCAUGACCAGGUGAAUGGUUAUGUCUGUAGCUGUAUGCCUGGAUAUACGGGAAAGGAUUGUGUCAUAAAUAUUGAUGAGUGUUCCCCAAAUCCAUGUCAGAACAAUGGUAUAUGUCAAGACCAAGUCAAUGGAUUCAGAUGUAUAUGUCCAAAAGGAUAUUCUGGUGCUAGAUGUGAUAAUGAUGUAGACGAAUGUUUAAGUUCUCCCUGUCAGAAUGGAGGUACCUGUUCUGAUCUGUUAAAUGACUUUUCCUGUUCCUGUAACCCUGGUUACACUGGAAAGAAAUGUGAAACCGAUAUUAACGAAUGUUUACGCCGGCCUUGUGAGCAUGGUGCAACAUGUUCUGACCUCGUUAACGAUUAUAACUGCACAUGUGCACCUGGAUAUACCGGAAGACAUUGUCAUACAAAUAUUGAUGAGUGUUCAAGUAACCCGUGCCAAUAUGGUGGACGAUGUAUAGAUAAGGUGAACGAUUAUGAAUGUGUUUGUCUUCCAGGUUAUACCAAUAAAAAUUGCUCUACAGAUAUUGACGAUUGUAUACCAAAUCCAUGCAGAAAUGGUGCAACAUGUAGUGACCAAGUAAAUAGUUACAACUGUGCAUGCGUUCCUGGUUAUAAUGAUAAAAAUUGUGGGACAGAUAUUGACGAAUGCUAUAGAUCACCAUGUCAAAAUGGCGGUAGUUGUACAAACUUGAUAAAUAACUAUACAUGUUCCUGCAAAUCAGGUUAUACUGGAUAUAACUGCGAAACUGAUGUCAACGAAUGCUCAUCUUCACCAUGUUUGAAUGGUGCGAGUUGCCUUGACCAGAUCAAUAAAUAUACGUGUAUAUGUGUACAAGGAUACACCGGGUAUAACUGUCAGAUUGACAUAAACGAAUGCACAAGUUCCCCAUGUCGUCAUGGUAACUGUACAGACGAUGUGAAUGGUUACAAUUGUUCCUGUUCCCCUGGUUACAACGGCUAUAACUGUGAUAUAGAUAUAAAUGAGUGUUUAAGUACUCCGUGUCAACAUGGUGGAACCUGCAGAGAUCACGUGGAUUUUUACACAUGUGAUUGUAUGCCAGGAUUUACCAACUAUAAUUGUGAAACAGAUAUUGAUGAAUGUGGAAGUUCUCCUUGUCAAAAUAAUGGCACUUGUCAUGAUCAAGUGAAUGGUUAUACGUGUCAAUGUCUUCCCGGGUAUACUGGAACCUUCUGUCAAACAGACAUCAACGAAUGUAAUAGUUCACCAUGUAGGAAUGGUGGCAACUGUCAUGAUUUGGUCAAUAAUUAUGAAUGCAGCUGUCGUCCCGGUUUUAGUGGCAGAAACUGUGAUGGAGACAUUGAUGAAUGUUUGGGUAGACCCUGUAAACAUGGAAGUCGAUGUAUAGAUAAAGUGGAUGACUACGAGUGUAUCUGUCGUUCUGGGUAUAAUGAUAAAAACUGUUCUACAGAUAUAAAUGAGUGUUUAAGUGGUCCUUGUAUGAACAAUGGUACAUGUAUGGAUGAAGUCAACGGGUUCACUUGUAAUUGUAAUGCAGGAUACACUGGAAUUAAUUGUGAAAUAGAUAUAAAUGAAUGUGCUGGAGGUCCAUGUAAAAAUGGCGCAUCGUGCAAUAAUCUGAUUAAUCAGUAUACUUGCACAUGCUUACCUGGUUACACUGGAUAUAACUGCACUCAUGAUAUUGAUGAAUGUUAUAGUUCUCCGUGUCUAAAUGGUGCUACAUGUCACGACCAGGUUAACAGAUAUAACUGUCAGUGUGUACCAGGAUAUAGUGGGACGUUCUGUGAAACAGACAUAAACGAAUGUAAAGUUGCUCCCUGUAUAAAUGGUGGAACAUGCCAUGACCUCAUAAAUAAUUACAAUUGUUCCUGUCUACCUGGCUAUAGUGGACGAAAUUGUGAUGGAAACGUGGAUGAAUGCCUAUCUGUGCCUUGUCAACACGGAGGACGUUGCAUUGAUAAAAUCUACGACUACGACUGCAUUUGUCAUGCAGGAUAUACAGAUAAGAAUUGUUCUACAGAUAUAAACGAAUGCUCUAGUAAUCCCUGUUUGAACAAUGGCACAUGUCUAGAUCAGAUAAAUGGUUAUACAUGUAAUUGUGAUUUAGGAUAUAAUGGAUUGAAUUGUGAAACAGAUAUUAAUGAAUGUGCCAGAAACCCGUGUAAAAAUGGAGCCUUAUGCAACGAUUUGAUAAACUUAUACACAUGUACCUGUGUACCUGGUUAUACGGGAUACAAUUGUUCUCGGGAUAUUGAUGAGUGUGACAGUACUCCUUGCCAGCAUAGUUCUACCUGUCAUGACCAGGUGAACGGAUUUGUCUGUCAAUGUUCCCCGGGAUAUACUGCAAAAGUUUGUGAAACAGAUAUUGAUGAAUGCAAAAGUAGUCCAUGCAUAAAUGGAGGCACGUGUCAUGAUUUGAUCAAUAACUACAAUUGUUCCUGUCAACCUGGCUACAGUGGGCGAAAUUGUGAUGGAAAUAUAGAUGAGUGUUCAAACCAGCCAUGUCAAUAUGGUAGUCGAUGUAUAGACAAAAUUGAUGACUAUGACUGUGUAUGUCGUUCUGGAUAUACGGACAAAAAUUGUUCUACAGAUAUAAAUGAAUGUUCUGUAAAACCUUGUAUGAACAACGGCACAUGUGUAGAUCAAAUCAAUGGAUACAUUUGCGUUUGCGAUUCAGGCUAUACUGGAAUAGAUUGUGAAACAGAUAUCAAUGAAUGUGCCAGAGGUCCUUGUAAGAAUGGAGCCACAUGUAAUGACUUAAUUAACUUGUAUACAUGUACCUGUUUGCCUGGUUAUACUGACUAUAACUGUACCAUAGAAAUUGAUGAAUGUUUGAGUAACCCAUGUCACAAUGGUACCUGUGAGGAUCGUAUCAACAGUUAUGGAUGUCGUUGUUCUCCAGGGUAUACAGGGACAAAUUGUGAUAAAGAUAUUGAUGAGUGUACCAGAUAUUCUUGUGAGAAUGGUGCUACCUGUAAUAACUUGGUGAACAACUAUACUUGUAACUGUGUUCCUGGAUAUGAUGGUUAUAACUGUCAACAUGAAAUAAACGAAUGCAAUUCAACUCCAUGCCAGAAUGGUGGAUAUUGCCAAGAUCACGUUAACAACUAUACUUGUGACUGUAAACCUGGUUAUGUCGGAUAUAACUGUGAAACUGAUUUCCAAGAGUGUGAUAGUUCACCAUGUGUUAAUGGAACGUGUACCGACUUGGUAAACAACUACCAUUGCAAUUGUACACCUGGAUAUUAUGGGAUUGAUUGUGAUACAGAUAAUAACGAAUGUUUCAGUAGACCCUGCCAGCAUGGUUCAAAGUGUAAUGAUUUAGUCAAUGAUUAUAGCUGUACCUGUCUCCCUGGUUAUACUGGAAAAGAAUGCGAAAAAGAUGUAGAUGAGUGUUUGCAGAAUAACUGUACAAAUGAAUCUACUUGUAUAGAUAGUAUACAUGGAUACACAUGCCACUGUUUGCCAGGGUUUUCGGGAGUGUACUGCCAGAUAGAUAUCGAUGAAUGUCAAAGUGGACCAUGUAAAAACAGCGGAAAAUGUAAUGACUUGAUCGAUGCUUUUAAUUGUUCCUGUGCUUCAGGAUUCACAGGAUUUCACUGUGAUAUAGAUAUAGACGAGUGUGCAACAAAUCCAUGUGCAAAUAAGAUCAAGUGUAUUGAUCAUAUUAAUGACUACGAAUGUAUUUGUUUGGCAGGAUACGUCGACAAAAAUUGUUCAACAGAUGUGGAUGAAUGUGCGUCCAAUCCUUGUCAACAUAACGGUACAUGUACAGAUUUAAUAAACAUGUACAAGUGUAGCUGUUCUGAUGGAUAUAGCGGAACAAACUGUGAUAUUGAUAUAAAUGAAUGUGCAAGUAAUCCUUGUGAACAUGGUGGUAAAUGUAAUGACCUCAUUGAUGUGUACAACUGUACUUGUCCCCCUGGUUAUACUGGAUAUAACUGCCAAUCAGGAAAUCAUCUAUAUAUUGACGAAUGUUUGAACAAUCCAUGUGAACACAAUUCUACAUGUAACAAUGAAAUAAAUAAAUAUACAUGUACCUGUCUGCCUGGUUAUGCUGGAUAUAACUGUUCUAUAGAUAUCAAUGAAUGUGGUAGACGACAAUGUUUACAUGGAGCAACCUGUAACGAUUUGGUUAACAACUAUACUUGUGAUUGUAUCCCUGGGUAUGAAGGUUAUAACUGUGAAAUUGAUAUCGAUGAAUGCCAGAGUAAGCCAUGUCAGAAUGCAGGAUAUUGUAAAAAUCUUCUAAAUUCCUAUAAAUGUGAUUGCUUACCUGGUUAUGCAGGAAUUAAUUGUGAAAAAAAUAUAAAUGAGUGCUCGAGCCAACCAUGUAAAAACAAUGCAACUUGUAAUGAUCUAGUGAAUAGAUAUAAUUGCACGUGUAUACCGGGUUUUACUGGGUAUAACUGUGAUCAAGAUAUCCAAGAAUGCUUCAGUAAACCUUGUCAAAACGGAGGACAUUGUAAUGACCUUAUAAAUGAUUAUCACUGUUCGUGUCCAGCUGGUAUUUCUGGUAGAAAUUGUCAAAAUAAUAUUGAUGAGUGUCUCAGCCAUCCAUGUCAAAAUAUGGGAACGUGUGUUGAUAGGAUAAAUGGAUAUACCUGUACUUGCUUGAAUGGUUAUACGGGUAUCCAUUGUCAAAUAGAUAUCGAUGAAUGUGCAAGUUCACCAUGUUCUGCUAGUGGAGGAUACUGCGCUGACCACGUCAAUGGCUUUACUUGUCUAUGCAAGAAAGGUUACACAGGGAGGCUGUGCAGUUCAGUUAUUGAUAAUUGUGCAUCCUCUCCUUGUGUCCACGCAACGUUUUGUAUAAAUGCACUGAACGAUUUUAAUUGUAACUGUAAGCCUGGAUUUACUGGAAAGCGGUGUGAUGCAGAUAUUGAUGAAUGUAGGAGUAGGCCAUGUUCAAAUGGAGGUACCUGUAUAGACAGAGUAAACAGAUAUAUAUGUCAUUGUCGUACAGGAUAUACUGGACAAGUAUGUGAAAAAGACAUUGAUGACUGCGUUAACCACCCUUGCAAACAUGGCGGAUCAUGUGUUGACCAUGUGAAUGGUUUUAGUUGUCAGUGUUCUCAAGGUUACAGAGGUUUUCUGUGUGACAAAGGUAUCAAUCUUUGUCAUCUUCAGCCUUGUAAAAAUAACGGUAAAUGUACAGCUACAGGUCACACGUACCUUUGUACAUGUUCUAAUGGAUGGACUGGUGUUAAUUGUGAAACAAAGGUUAUAAAGGAUCAGAAUUGUUAUGAAACUGAUUACGCAGACUGCAGUUGUAUGCUUUCGAGAGAUCCAUCAAAAAAGGUGUUCAUCGCCAACGUUAUCAACAAGCGCAGUAUUAUUUCGUGUCUAGUAGGAACAUUAAUUGGCUUGUUAUCAAGUGUAGGUGGCUACUUUAUGUUUCUCAAAUUUUGUUCUGGAAUGGCUUCAUCUUGGACACCUCCAAAAUGGCCGAAACGUAUCAUUCCAUCUGAUUACCCGACAAGAUGGCCUACAUAUCCUGACAAACAUCUGGCUCCUGUUGAACGUCAUGGACCUACUAACAUCUACAGAUCGUCAAAUGAAAGUUUUGAGUUUGACAGGAGGGACUACACAAACAAACAUGACUGGGUAAACCUCCAUGGACGUUAUGGAUUCCAGUUCAGUAACGGUCCUGGUUGUGGUGACACAAUUCCUGUUGGUUCGUUUGCUGGUGGUUUGGUCGGUGGUAAUAGUCUAGCCUGUACACAAGGAUGUACACCCUCACAUAACAUCUCUAUGGGAGAUCUCAAUUAUUAUUGUGCAUCUUUUUUAAAGAAUGAUUGGGAGCAAGGUGACGAAUUCAUCAGUCAUCCAUUUCCAUCGUCUGGAAAGUUCAUAGUGUCAUAUACUGGGAGUCCUUGGAUUCACCACGACUACAGAACAGCAGGAAAUGUUUACUUCCAAACAACUAUUGAUCUCAGAGUAAGAAGUGACACAAAGCGACCAAAUUCUUCUCCAGUUACAUCCUCCUUACCUCAGUAUCAAAUACCAUUUGACUGUAUUACCAGUAUACAGCUUCCAGUAUAUGACCCCGAUGGAGAUGUUACCUCUUGUCGAUGGUCUGCUGGUGUGGAGUGUGGUGGCGUUUGCAAUGGGUUACCUGAAUCAAAACUAGAUUCACAAAGGUGUAUUUUAACAAUACAACCAAAGACUGUUACAGGAUUUAUCCACAAUGGAACCUACAUAGUCACCCUGACCGUCGAAGAUUCUCCACACACCACAAUCACAGUUGGUUCUAGUACUGUUAACCCAAAUACGGCACUGAGUCAGGUACCACUACAGUUUGUGGUAAAGACAGUGAAAAUUUCAACAACAUGUUCUGAUAUUCCACAAAUAACAAAACCGACUCCGUCAAAUGGACAAGUGUUUAUUGUCCCUACAGGAGAAACAUUCAAACAGAAAAUAUACGCAAAGUUUAAUUCGCCAGCUGUUAGGAUUCAGAAUAUUAUAACUUCGGUACCAUAUGGGACAUCAAAUACUCCAUUACAGAAUGAAGGUGACCAGGUAUAUAGCACAGAGUUUUCAUGGACACCUUUACCCAUUCAAUACUCUACAAACAUCAUAUGUUUUCAGGCCGUUGACGAUAGAGGAUUGUACAGCGAACAACAUUGCUUCACACUUCUAACAGGAGUGGAGGACCCGUGCACAGCAAACCCGUGUGAACAUGGCGGUUCGUGUCAAGUGCAGUUAGACAGCUUUGUGUGCGCAUGUACACCGCAAUAUGAAGGGAGAAACUGUUCAAUAGAUAUAAAUGAUUGCUUAAGUUCUCCUUGCAAAAAUGGUGGCACAUGUUGGGACCAAGUCGGUGGAUAUAAAUGUUUCUGUCCAAUUGGUUUUAUGGGGGACGAAUGCCUAGCAAUUGAUUAUUGUGCCUCCUCUCCUUGUCAGAAUUUCGGAACCUGCACAACAACAAAUACUAGUUAUACAUGCACGUGUGGUCCUGGAUACUCUGGUCAUAACUGCAAUAUAGAUUUGGACGAGUGUGCCAGCAGCCCGUGUGAGAACGGCGGAACAUGUACAGAUAUGGUUGGUGAUUUCUUCUGCGAAUGUCCUAUUGAAUACAAAGGCAAAAACUGCAGCACUCCACAUGAUUUUUGUAAUCCAAACCCGUGUGCUAACAAUGGUGUAUGUACAAACUACAAAGAUAGUUACAGAUGUUCCUGUCCGAGUGGGUACAUAGGUCUGGAUUGUGAAAUCUAUCAGCCUGAGAGUUGUGGUGUUGAUGAUGACAAUCACUGUAUGUGUUUACUGAAUGGCCGUCGUGUAAAGUUACCAUUCCCACAACCCAAGGCAGAAGGGUUUUCAGCAGAUGAUUUAAUAGCUGGUGUUGUUGGAAUACCUAUAGGAAUAGCUACAGGUUUACUUAUGUGUGUUCUCUGGCAUAAACUUAUCAGACCAAGAUGUUUUAAUAGAAGUGACGGCGUUCGUGGACCCCGAUCAAGGCCAUCAUCGACGAGUUCAGACAGGUCGCUUCUCAGUAGAAGUACAGCUUCACCAAGUGAGAUUCGAGCCAGUGUUCAUUCGCCAAUUUCAACCAUAAGUGAUCCUCCAUCUUAUACAAAUCUUUACAGAAAUAAUCGUGCAUCGGACUGGAGUCCACGAUGAAAAACUAGUUUACGUCAGUUGUAAAUAUACUAAUGGGUGCUAAAUCAAACAAUUAAUCUGUGAUAGCUAAACGAUUUAUUGUAUGAU